AUGAAUAAUCGUUGGAAACGGAUGCCUUCACUCUGCUUGCUCAAGCUCAAGCUCUAUGUAGUCUUCAUCGACAUUCUACCAUGCCCUCGAAUCCUUCUGACUUCGAGCAAAUCGACCUGCGUAUACAGACCCUCACAGCGACCUUGCAGUCCAUGCAGAAAGCUGAACCUGCACUCGGCACUCAACGAAUUUUUGCGCCACCUGGCAACUCUUCUCACUUGCGGGAGCAGCAAGGACCCCUGUGGUGCACAGGCCAUUGCUAUUACUGGAACUAUUGAACAGAACGGUGUUAAAGUCUUGGUGGUUACUGAGAGUGCAGCAGCAAAGGAGUCGAUACAAGCUUUCUUCUUGAAAGGACACAAGAUCGAGAAAUCGAGUGAACCGUUCGACGCGAUAAUCUCAGGUCCAGCUAGUGUAUCUCUCAGACAACACAUCAUUGACCUCCUGUGUCUUUUGCCAUCCUGCGAUCGGGCCGCUUGGGAUCACAUCGAGAGCCUUACAACAUUCGUCACUAUGCGGAGCCUCCACAAACUCUUCUCGCGCUUGACAUCAGAUAAAAAGGUCUGGAAGACAGGCGUCACCAAGGUUCUCAAAGAUUGGAAGCCUGCAGAAAGCGAUGACCCUUUCGAAUCUUCCUGGGUGAAGAAACCUCAAUGGGCCAUCCACACCGAUAGGAUGCAGUCUAAGUUGGAGAAGAGAGGCGAGUCGGAGGAAUGGCUUUUCUCGACGAACACUAUUGGGGUAUGGGCCAACACUCUUGGGGCUGUCCCUCCUUGA